AUGGCGAGUGGGGAGGAGCAUGUGUACGCAACGCUUCUCUUGAGCGACUCCUAUCUCCCAGGAGCUCUUGUGCUUGCCCAUUCCUUGCGCGAUGCCGGGACGACCAAGAAGCUGGUGGUUCUAGUCACCCUCGACACGGUCUCUGCGGAAUCCAUAACCCAGCUCAAGACCGUCUACGACCAUGUCUUGCCUGUUCCGCGGAUAUGCAAUGAGAAGCCAGCCAAUCUCUAUCUCAUGAACCGCGCUGAUCUUCACUCAGCCUUCACCAAGAUCAAUCUCUGGAAGCAGACCCAAUUCUCCAAGGUAGUGUAUAUAGACGCUGAUGUGGUGGCCUAUCGUGCCCCAGAUGAGCUGUUUGACAUUGCUGAGCCGUUCGCUGCUGCACCCGACAUCGGAUGGCCUGACCUGUUCAAUUCGGGUGUCAUGGUGCUGACGCCCAACCUUGGCGAUUUCUAUGCAAUGUUGGCAAUGGCUGAAAGAGGCAUCUCGUUUGACGGUGCCGACCAAGGUCUAUUGAAUAUGCAUUUCAAGGACAAUUAUCACCGUCUUAGCUUCGCGUACAACGUCACUCCCUCUGCGCAUUAUCAAUACAUACCGGCCUAUCGCCACUUCCAGUCCAGCAUAAACAUGGUUCACUUUAUUGGCCCCAAUAAACCCUGGUUUGCAGGUCGCCAUGCCAAACAUGACGAUUCGCCUUUCGAUGACAUGAUUGGGAGAUGGUGGGCAGUAUAUGAUCGGCAUUACAGAGCACAGCAUUCCAUGAUCAGGUUCAUUUUUAACAUUGCGGUUCAGGAACAAUCCUCAGGCCAGCCUCAAGGCUCUUCUUCUACAUAUGUCCAGUACUUUACCAAAGGUGAAUUUCGGCCAAAGCCGACACUUAUGCAGCAGCCUCCACCAGCUGACUCUGCCCCCGAGGCCAUCAACUUCCCAUCUACGCACUAUGAAAUGUCGCAAGAUGCUGCACCUUUUGUUCCCCCACCACGCUAUCCUAGCCCCCCAAAGAAUAUGUGGUACGAGGUGCCGACAGCCCCCCCAGCACCACCAGCUGAGCUUCCAAAACCCGUGUUCCCAUGGGAAGGCCAACAGCCAAAACCCACCCGAACAUUCGCAAGUGUUGUUCCAGAUUUUGUCACCACCCCUCAGGAUACCGGCCCUUGGGUUGAACACGGUGUCGGUGGUUCGGUUGAAUCAGGCCUCCAUGUUGAAUCACAUCCACCAGAAGGAGAUUCAACAGAGACAGGAACUGAGGCAGGAAGCUCAGUAGCUACCCUGCCAUCCCAACUCACACCUACCGAAGCAUCAACUGUCCAAGCGGAGCCAUGGGACGCUUUCCAACUGAGCAACGCCUGGGACGAAGUCCCAGAAAUCAAUCGUUAUGUAGAAGGACUACAAAAGCAUAAACGCGGAAAGUCUUUGCAGGGGAUCUCUUCUCCAGCUACUACCGGCCCUCGCUACCGCCGAGAUCCUAAUAAAUCGGUUUUCAAACUGACUGACUUCCCAAGCGCGUUUGAGCGCCCAAGCUUACCUGUGACGCCAGCUCCAAUUGCGCGGCCGUCUUUUUGGGGUCAGGAGCAGCCAGAUGCCAGGGAAUUGGAGCUUUCGCUCCCAUUGCCAUCGGCGGAAGGUGUCCCAAUGCAGUCAGACUGGGACCCGGAGGUACAGCUCCAAAAGCUGGCUAGGCAGCAAUAUGAAGCGCUAUUGCUUAAGCUAGAGGCCAGUGCUAACGUGGACAAUGUGGUUAAAGACCUGGGCCACAGCAUACCAAAGCGUUCUUUGCCAUUUGGCUCAGAAAGCAUCAGAUCGCCUAGUUUCAUCUCCCAAAAUGUUCCAGUUAGCACACUGCAGAGAGCUGUACAAAGCACAUCAAGGGCAGAUAGCACCUUCCAGUUAACAUUGCCCCAUGACGCACCUCGAGGCACACCUAAGGAGGUUCCAAGACAGCAUGGAGGCUUGCUCGAAUCACCCAUGGCCAAGCCCAGAUCAAAAGCUCCUGAAUAA